UUAUUUAUUUACAUCUGCACAACAAACACCGAACAAAGCACCAAGCAGAGGCAGAGUCCUUGAGAGCACAACUCUGCAACACUGCACUUUUUUCUCCCCUUUUUCAUGCUCCCAUCCAGCAAAGAUCCUUUCUGUUUUUGGGUCUUGAAGACUCGUGUUAGUCUACAAUGCUCCAACUCCUCAAUGGCAAGUUCCGCCGCCUCUUCUGCCGCGUCCGGUUGCUCAACGCCAGCCACCCCAAGCCCAAAAUUCUGGUCAAAAGUUUCCGGAAAACGAGCUUCGAAGCUCAACCUGAUGCAAAACACGAACUGAGCUUUAGUGAGUCGGCCUCGGUUUAUCCUAAUGGCGAAUUGGGUGGUCAGAAAUCAGAGAAACCGAUACGGAUAGCCACUUUUAAUGCUGCCCUGUUCUCCAUGGCACCUGCAGUUUCUGAGACCGAGAAUGAAAAGGGAGAUACAAUGAUGGCCAACCGGGUUUUGGACAUGAAUUUACGAGCAAACUCAGCGAAUGACCGUCCCAAAAGUAUACUGAAGAAGUCUCCCCUGUAUCCCAAUUCCACGAAUGGGACAGACAAUCAUUCAAAUCAACAGAAGUCUGGGAAAUCCAAGUUAAGGGUAUCGAUAAAUUUGCCCGAUAACGAGAUUUCCCUGUUGCGGAGUAGACACCUGAGUUUCCAUGAAAGGGGGCAUUCUUCUUCUUCUUCUUCUUCUUCUGCUGCAGAUUCAAGUAGUUCAAAAAGUAGAAUUUUGAGAGGAGAAGCUCCUUUAAAAUCCACUGUGAGAUUCCCCAAAAGUAUGGUAACUGGUAAGGGCUAUGGAAGCCAUAGCCAUAGGACCGUGCUUGAAGUUCUGAGAGAGUUGGAUGCUGAUAUAUUGGCUCUGCAAGAUGUGAAGGCAGAAGAAGAAAAGGCCAUGAACCCUCUCUCUGAUUUGGCUGCUGCUUUAGGAAUGAACUAUGCGUUUGCCGAGAGCUGGGCGCCGGAAUACGGCAACGCCAUCUUGUCGAGGUGGCCGAUUAAGCGGUGGAAAGCAGAGAAGAUCUUUGACGAUUCUGAUUUCAGGAAUGUUUUGAAGGCCACGAUUGAUGUACCCCAUAUGGGAGAAGUCAACUUCAGCUGCACCCUCCUUGAUCAUCUUGAUGAGAACUGGCGGAUGAAGCAGAUAAAUGCCAUAAUCCAGGCUAGUGAUGAACCUCACAUCUUGGCAGGAGGUCUCAAUUCACUUGAUGAAACAGAUUACUCCCCAGAAAGAUGGACUGAUAUCGUAAAGUAUUAUGAGGAGAUUGGAAAGCCAAGACCAAAGGUCGAAGUGAUGAAAUUUUUGAAGGGUAAACAGUAUACAGAUGCAAAGGACUUUGCAGGGGAAUGUGAGCCAGUCGUCAUGAUUGCCAAAGGCCAAAGUGUGCAGGGAACAUGCAAGUAUGGAACUCGGGUUGAUUAUGUAUUGGCAUCCCAGAAUUCACCAUACAAGUUUGUUCCUGGAUCAUAUACAGUAUUUUCAUCCAAAGGGACUUCUGAUCAUCACAUUGUCAAAGUUGAUUUAGUGAAAGAAAUUAGCACCAUUAAAGAAAAUGUGAUCACCAGAAAGCAGCAGCAACAACCAAAGCAGAAAUUUGUAAAGAUAACGAAGUCUUCUUCAUCAAAUGGCAUAUGGAGAACACAUACACUGAGAGAGAGAUAUUAAUUAGUGUUAAUAUGGUUAGUUUCUGUAGAUGGGUUUUGGACCUGCUUUCUUCUCCUUAUAAUAUAUAUGCUUUGUAAAUCA